UCAUGGGGCCCCGGGGCAAUAGGGGAUCAUGGGGCCCCUGUGUCCUUGCCCAAACUCAAAAAAGCCUAUGAAAAAGAUACCAGGGGCAUCUCAUGGGGCCCCCUACUGACCCCGGGUGCUCGGGCAGUGCCCGAGUUUCCAAAUGCUCAGUCCGCCCCUGCUGCUAUGUCUUUGCUAAAAAAAAUCCCAAUACAUGACAAACAACAUCUCUAUCAAGCUCCACCUUUGAUAAACUCUAGUAGUUCUGAUCAACAGAAUAACAAAACAGAGGCGUAAUAUUGUCUCCAGUAAAUGA